AGCGCACGGCGGGGCGCGGCCAAGGCUGGGACGCAGCCCACGGAGGGACACGGCCGGGUGCCCAUGGCGUUCGCGCUGCUGCGCCCCGUCGGCGCGCACGUGCUGUACCCAGACGUGCGGCUGCUGAGCGAGGACGAGGAGAACCGCAGCGAGAGCGACGCCUCUGACCAGUCUUUCGGCUGCUGCGAGGGCCUGGAGGCGGCGCGACGCGGCCCGGGCCCCGGGGGCGGGCGGCGGACGGGUGGCGGCGCGGGCCCGGUGGUUGUGGUGAGACAGCGACAGGCAGCCAAUGCGCGGGAGCGGGACCGCACACAGAGCGUGAACACGGCCUUCACGGCGCUACGCACGCUCAUCCCUACUGAGCCGGUGGACCGCAAGUUGUCCAAGAUAGAGACCUUGCGCCUGGCGUCCAGCUACAUCGCGCACCUGGCCAACGUGCUGCUGCUGGGCGACGCGGCCGACGACGGGCAGCCGUGCUUCCGAGCCGCCGGCAGUGGCAAGAACGCGGUCCCCGCCACCCCCGACGGCGGCCGCCAGCCACGCUCCAUCUGCACAUUCUGCCUCAGCAACCAGCGCAAGGGGGGUGGCCGCCGUGACCUGGGAGGCAGCUGCUUAAAGGCGAGGGGGGUGGCCCCUCUUCGGGUACCGCGGAGAUGAGCCGAGACCGCUGUGGCAAGUGCUCCAAGCAGGACCCUGGAGGAGGAGGCCAGAGGCCGGCCACUGGUUGAACAGGGGAGAAGACCCCAGGAGCUGAUCCUACCCCUCUUUGGCGUAGGGGCCGGAGGACAAUGGCUUGGGCCCAUGACCCUCUGGACAGGCCCCCUGGGACAUCUCUGCCCCACCCCGGAGAGCUGUGAAGACCCGUCCAGCUGGUCCCGGCCCCAGCUGGUCAGAGACAAGGCAGAACUUCUGCAAAAACAAAGGCUAUUGGAGACCGAGGGUGUAUGCACGUGUGUGUGUGUGUGUGUGUGUGUGUGUGUGUGUGUUUGAGAGAGAGAGAGAGAAAGACUUGGUGGAUUUAAAAUAAAAGGUAUUUUUAAAUAAAAGAUGUUCCCAACUGAGGAAGGGAAGGGCCUGAGAACAUCUGAGGUCAGGGGUGACCCCUCUCGUGGACCUUGGCAGAAGCACAGAUGUCACAGGUGUCGUUCUGGGCCCUGGAGGGAGUGGGCUGGGGGAAGGCAGGGAGACCCCAGAAGUCGAGAGAACCAAACUUUCCCUAGAGUGUUCUUGAACACCUCUUAGAUGGCUGGUGUGGUUGGUAAAGAAACCUUAAUUUUAUUCAUUUUUGAGUAAGGAGUAUAUUCAUCCACAUGGUUCAAAAUUCAAAAGCCACAAGAGGGUGUAUGGUGAAAACAAAGGCUGUGGGUAGCAGGGGUGUCACCACCAGCCACCCCUGGCCCUCCACCGACCUGUUCCCUCUGCAGGCAGCCUCAGCCACCAGUUUGUUAGGAUGUCCCCGUUCCCU